CCAACGCGCUUCCAAAAUCUUUCAUUCCUACUCGCGGCGGUAUGACAGAUUGAUUUUUUAAUUAUGUGGCUUUGGGUUUUGUUCGGUCUUGGCGCGGUGUUAUCCGCUGAGGCUGCCGGCGCGGGCGCCGCCCGUCUCGUCUGCUACGUGGAGACCGCGCGUACCCUCGACUUUACGGAAUGCACCCAUCUCAUAUAUACGGGAUCAGCUCGGGGUGAGAAACUUGACGGGAUUCUGAAAGACUACAGGAAACACAACCCCAAGUUGAAGAUUAUUCUACGAGUUACCGGGGAGGACAAGGACCUAAAGGACAUAUUAGUAUCCAAAUACAUCCAAGGUCUAGAGCUGUACAAUGCUCACCAAUCCUUCAACAGGACCAAGACUACGGAGGCUGUGGAAUACGCCCGUAGCGCGAUAUCUGGAGCAAACAAGGGCCCACUUGUGCUGGCUUUGCCUGCUCACCCGGAACUACUCGCCAAGUACUAUGACCUACGGGCUCUGGUGAAGAAAGCUGAUUUGAUGAUGGUGCACACGCAUGCACUGGGAUUGGUGAAGAAGAUGACAUAUCAUCCAAGUCGACUGAGCGGCAUGUGGGACAUGAUGAAUACUGAUUCAGUUGUCGAUCUUGUGAUCGGCCUGGGCGUCCCAGCAUCUAAACUAGUGGUAAGCCUGCCAGCGACCGCACGGCAGUUUACCCUGCAAAACCAGACAUUAAGUACACCUGGAAGCCCAGCCAUAGAUGAAGAACCAAAGGAGAUCGGCCAGUCGGAGUUAUGUCGUCAACUUCAGCGUGGUCGCUGGACUCUGGAACGCGACCAGGAUUUAUCAGGACCUUAUGCUUUCAAGAAUGAAACAUGGAUAUCCUUCGAAGACUCUUCGUCAGUGGAUGUUAAGGGCAAAUACGUACGUGUUAGAGGCCUGGCGGGAUUGGCAUUGUACCAAGCAGAUAGGGACGUGGACACACCUUGCGGAUCCUCCCUCAGGAGCAUCCUGCAGAAGGUUCUUAACCAGCAAAGUCGUGCACCUAGAGCUGCAGUUUUGAGAUCUCUAGAAAACGAAAUUUUGUCUGUGGGUGGUGCGCGAGGUUUGGAGGCUCUUCAAGUGUCUCCCUACCGUAUUACCCAAGUUGUCGACGCUGACGGUGUAAUACACAGCAUCAGAGAGGACACGCGUACAGAGUUCUCGUGCUCACGCCAGGGUUAUUUCGUUCACCCACGUUCCUGCGCACGAUUCUAUCGUUGUGUGAAAUUCGACCAGUACUCUCCAGACUUUACAGUAUUCGAGUUUGACUGUCCAGCUGGUCUGGCGUUCGAUGCACGAUAUGAAGUGUGUGUAUGGCCAGGGUCACUCCCUAAUGCGGCUGCCUGUCCCGGCUCUGCUGAGAUCGCUCCCGUGCCAGCUGAGCGAUUCCGCUGUCCCUCACAGGAAGGUUUCUACGUUGAUCCCGAAAAUUGUAGGUGGUUUUUUGCCUGUCUGGAUCACGGAAAGACACCGCUAACAGCGUACGAGUUCCGCUGUCCAUUUGGUCUUGGUUUUGAUCCUGCGCGUAUGCGUUGCGACUGGCCCUGGAUUGUCCCUGCUUGUGGAAAUAUCGCUCGAUACGAAGCUGAAGCUUUCGGUUUCUCCGCUGCUACACUUACAGGUGCAACCGGAUUCCAAGGUAGAACAGCGGAGUCAGUGAAUAUCGCAGCACAUCACGGUCUCGCAGCUGGUGCCGCGGUAGAUAAUCUCGUUGGAAUACAGACAGGAUUCCUCAGCAACCAAGAUGCUCUUGACGAUAAUUUCAUUACUGCACAGGAACUGGAUAACUUUAGUAAUUAUCAGGUGGAUUACACGAACUUGGGUAGUCAGGGAGAACCUAGUGGUCUUUCCUACAAAGUAGUCGCCGCUGACGCUAUAAACAAAGGCCUUGUUCAAGCAACUAAUUAUAACGACAAAGAAAAGUACACAAGUGGCUCUCUUAUUUUAGAUGACUACCGAUUUCCAACAAACAAAGAAUACAAUUUGCAAACGACAAAUGCCAGAAUUCAAACUGGUCAAAAUGAAAAAUUUAAACAAAACUCCGCUUACUCUCCUUCUUACUUAAACGGUCAAGUUGCACCAAAACAUAGGUCUGGAGCUUAUAAAAAGGACAAUCGUGGCGCUUAUAUGCACAAUCCAAUUGGCGAUCGAGCGAAUCCUUACCGACACGUAGAUAUACCUGCAAUACCAUAUGAACAUAUCGAUUUCAAUUCUAAAGUCAAUUACGACUUCGAUAGAGGAACUUACAGUGGUACACACGACACGGGAAACUACAGUGGCUCCUAUGAUACUGGACCAUAUCGUGGGUCCUACGAUACGGGACUCUACAGUCAAGACAUGUCAAAAUCUACCGGCUAUGACUAUCCAAAACCAGCGGUUCCAUUUAACGAAGGCCUCUUUAAUAUUCAAGGCAAUGAAUAUACUGGAUCUGAUACAGGCAUUCAAUCAACAAGUACAUUCCAUGGAACUUAUGGAAAGGGUGGUGUAGGUAGUUAUAUAACGGAUAGUAAAAUUUACCCCGGCGCACCUCAUACCCUCAUGGCUGGAGCUGUCAAUGUUGGUUUUGUCGGAAAGACUUCAUUAGUGGAUGGAUCUAACGGCGGUUAUCAAUACACUGAGGGGGUUGUUCAUCAUACAGAACAAAUAUCACAGCCCGCUGUUUCAGUAACACAUGUUGGAACCAAUAGUCAAAAUCUUGACAGUUACUCCUAUGUCACUACCCCAACUUUAUCUGGUAUACCGACAGUGGCUACUCCCUAUGCAGUGACGACAUCGCUACCAUCAGUCACGUACAAAUCGACAUAUGUGUCACAACCUCCGAGGACAAGUGUUAAACAGUUAUUCGGUUACACUCAACCAGCAGUUACAUACGUGCAACCUACUGUCACAGUAACUGAUCAUAACCAAAGUCAUAAUACAGGGUACUCCACAGUUAAUACAGGUACAACGAAGUUCGCUUCAACAAGUAACGAUUAUUCUAGACCCAGUAUCAAAUUUGAGGAAGGACCCUCCUAUUCUACUACAUCCGUUCCUGUCACAGUAACUAAAUUAAGGCCACAAAGCUUUUCAUACAUUCAAUCCGGUUUAAAAAAUACUUAUCCUACAGCUUUUCCUGCCACUGAACCACCUUUUAAGAAAAUAGUUGCAUAUACAACAGGAGCACCGGCUGCAUAUGUCCCAUCUAUAGCUCAGUCAUACAGCCAGCAAACUGUGCACAACAUAAACGCAGGAAAUGUUUACAUUCCAGCUGUGGAAAGUGGUCGAAAAUACACUAAUACCGUUUCUUAUGAGACUUCUACACCGCAACCAAUACCUUUGGUGGAGACCAAUAAUUUUGGCAAACAAACUGUACAUACAGUUAAUGUCAAUAAAAUCAAUAGUAAUCCACAAGAAGAGAUUGGAUACGAAAACCGCAUUUAUUCUCAACCCCUCGAUUACAGCCAACAAUAUGAUACGCAAAGAAUUGAACAAUAUUCAAUACCAAUUACCGGUAAUUUAUAUAAUACACAAGCGUCGCAAGCAUAUGUUGCAUCCACCACCGUUCGACCAAAAGUAACAACAGCUAAAACUAUAUUUGAAAAUCCACUUUUGAAAUAUACUGCUAAUGUCACCCCAGCUACUUAUCAAGAUACAUACGUUCCUCAGACUUAUAGUCAACAAACGAUUCACGGAGGUUCUGGAUAUCGAUACAAACCCACCGGCGCACACAUUACAUCGGCACAACCAGCUGUAUCUACUUAUCAGUCACAAGUGUAUAGUGAACAAAAUACACAAGGAAAUAAUUACGAAGAGACUGGAUAUGAUUAUUCUCGUCCAUCAAUAGGCUUACAAGAGGUACUGUCAACACCGACACCUGCGAUUUUCGUGUCUACAGAGCGACCUCAAGUUUACAGCCAACAAACCAUUUAUACUGGCAGAACAAGCAACGAUGCCAUCUAUACAGAUCAAUCUUUUGUGCCAGCCACUUCCACUGUUCAGCCGUCUGUAUAUAAAGUAAAAUAUGAAACGGGUUAUACUCGACCUUUAGUUACAGUUCAGGAAUCUUCAUCAACGACACCUAUUGAAAUAACAGAGCGUCCACUAACUUAUAGCCAGGCAAGUUCUACUUAUGAUAAGCAAGUAUUAAAUGAAAAUACACAAGCUAAUUACCAAACUGGUUACGACUACUCCAAACCUUCAAUAACUUUAAAAGAAUCGGGGACAGUGUCAACAUUAGCUCCAGUAGUUUUGUCAACUGAAAGUCCACAUUCCUUUAGUCAACAAACACUUCAUAGAGUAGAAAAACAAAGAGUAGUGUCGUCUCCUUUACCUCGUGCUCAACUGACAUAUCAGAACCCAGCUGUAUCAGUGUAUGAAAACCCAAUAUUGAAAUACACCCAAAAAACUAUUUCUACCGAUCUUAGCCCCACUGAUUAUACACAAUAUGUAAAUGAAGGAAUAAAACAAGCGACCUAUGUAACAGGCCAUCCAACUUUGGGAACACAAAAUUUACAAGGCUACACAUAUGAUCAACCCGAAAUUCAAAGAAAUGUAGAAGUACAAAGAGUUCCAGCUUACUCAGACGCAAGCGUUGUAUCACAUCAAACAUUUCAUCAAUCUCAAACAUUAGGUAAAGUAGAUCAGACUGGAAAGGAUGCAAUAUUUGUGUCAACUACUCCAUCAACGCUUAUCUAUGAAGACCAUUAUUCUGAAUACGAUAAUCCUAAACAACAGGUUACAUACAAUUCAGAAUAUGUCCCAUCGAAGUCCCGAAACUAUUACACAGUUCCUACAGAUGCAACACCUGUUCGAGGAGAAUCUCGCUAUAAAUCGAGGUUAGAUAAAUAUAAUAUUGAGUCUAUCCAUCAAUCUACAUACGACCAACCAAGUAAAGUAGCGGUCGAGUUUCCUUCUGCUCCUGCAUCUUAUUCACAGUCCACACAGACAAGAUAUGAUUCUCCUGAAAUACAAGUAGCAAACACUGCAGAGGGAUACUUACCUCCGGCGGGUUCACCGGCUACGCCUGUGGUUACCUCGACGUAUAGACCUAGAACUUAUUCAACUACUACAACUCGUGACUACUUGCCACCAAUUACUGAAUCAGUAUACAAAGCACCUGAGUACGUUCCACCAUCAUAUUUGCCUCCUACUCAGAAAUCUACAUCCCGUGUUGUUACUUAUGACACUUUCGGAUACGAUGCUGGUGCAGGGGCCAGUGUUACAAACAGAUAUAAUACGCAAGAAGAUAAUUCUAUAUCUACCGAAAAGUUCGUUUUAUCAACAGCUGCACCAUUGCAACGAAAACAGAACAUAAUUGUUGAAACCGCAAAAUCAAAUGUAUUAGGAUUUGGUACAGUUGGUCCUGAUGCCGGAUUGAUUUCUACUUAUACUCCUUCAUACCCCACAUCUGAGACGUACUUUGUAAAUACGGCAGCUUCUUCAACCUCCAAACCUGAUUUAGUUGAAGUAACUGCGGCACCACGUCGAUCACGACCAAAAUAUUUUAGACCCACAGAGCAAUCAAGUACCCAAGCAGCAUUCUAUGUAGAAAGUACAACGUAUCAAGCUCCAGAAUAUUUGCCACCAUCCGAUGACUCUGAAAUUAAGUAUAAUCCUUAUCAAAAUGUUAAAACCACAGAGACCGUGUCAUCUACUCCAUAUUAUACAAGAAAACAGAAUAUUGUUGUUAAAACAGCUAAAUCUAAUGUCUUGGGUUUUGGAAGUGAUACUGGUCGAGUGACUUACAGUACAUCAGGAGUCCCAUCAAGCACAAUUUCAACUUUCCCUGUAACAUCAACCUAUGCACCCGUUAGACAGGAGCUUGUAGAAGUGACGUCUACUCAAGUGCCAAUACGCAGAUAUAGGCCUAAAGUGGCAGUUGUUACAAAGAUCAAUGAUUUUAAUCCACUCCUCGUGAGAAAAUUAGGAGCUGUUUGCAGUUGCCAAUCACCUGUUUUAGUAUUAAAAGGUAGAAGACCAACAGUACAGACGCAAAUUAUCGAUGAUUAUAACAGUGAAGAUAUCUCAGGCCGAGAUUAUAUUGAUGAAGAAGUUUGGCAUGAGAAAUCGAGACGCGUUACAAAGCCAACCAUUAAUACGGUAACCACUGGAGCGCCCACCGUUACUUCCACCUAUAAUCCAAUCAUAGUCCCUGACGAUUCAUAUUAUCAAGACUAUCAGGAAGCUAGCAAUGAUGAUAUAGUUAUAACUCCUACCGGAAGAGGACAUUCUGAAAAUUAUGUAUCAAGUAAACCGGUCACUUCAACAACGGAAAACGUGAUUCGUAUUAGACCCAGAGUGAAAGCUGUCACACACGCACCAACAUACAAAACGGUCAUAUUAAACCAAGAAGUAUCACCACAAGAAUCCAUAGAUACUGUUAAAGUAGACUCUCAAUCAUUUGACCGUUAUGGACCAGGUGGUUGGAGAGGCCGAGAUGAAACUUUACAAGGCUCGAUAGACUGCCAAAGAGCAGGUCUCUUCAGACAUCCAAAACAAUGUAAUAAGUUUUAUGCAUGCAGGUGGGAUUGUACUAAGCAAAGAUUUACAUUACAUGUUUUCAAUUGCCCUGUUCAACUAAGUUUCGAUCCCAACAUUGGAGCUUGCAACUGGCCUAGCCAAGGACCAGCGUGCCAGGGCGACACAUUACUGACAAACACUUUGUAAAUUAAACACGAUAUCCGAUUCUAGAAAUGUUAACGUGCCAUGCAGCUGUGAUAGGAUUUGAUCAAGAGUCACAGAACAAUCCUAUAAGGCGAAUAUUAUUUAUUAUGUUAAGUCGAAACAAGUCUCUCUUUCACAUUUGUCUAUAGACUUAUUUAUUUGAUUGUUAUAAUGUUAAUUUAUAUUUAUUUAUUAUUCAUGCUCUUUUUAAGCUUGCGAUUUCAUUACUUGCGAAUUUACAAACCUAGUUACCAUUGUACUAGUUCAUUUAGAUGUAUUUUUUUUAAUAUUAAGAGUCUUAUGUUAAUAAACGCGCUGUAUUGUAAAUAAAUCAUUUU